UAUAUAUACCCCAAUCCGCAGCUCUGCAAAAUAAGUCUCUCUUCUUGCUUUCAUUCAUCCAUUCUUUCUUUGUUCAUAUGUGGGUUAUCUUUGAGGUCCAUCUAUCAUGAGCAAUAUACCAAGAUCUCUUACAGAUUCCUCUCUGACCCUCUUCAAUCUAGCCAUCUCUGCCUCUGAUCCUUGUAACCAGAACAGAAACCACCUAAAUUUCCACAUCCAUAUGCCGCACCUCCAUUUUCAGCACCAGCGGCUGCAUGAGAAGAAGGAAUUGAAAGACAUCCCAAAAGGGUGUUUGGCAAUCUUGGUGGGUCAAGGUGAGGAGCAAGAAAGGUUCGUUAUACCUGUGAUCUACAUCAACCAUCCACUCUUCAUACAGCUGUUGAAGGAAGCUGAGGAAGAGUUUGGAUUUGAUCAGAAGGGUCCCAUCACAAUCCCUUGCCACGUGGAGGAGUUCCGCACCGUCCAGGGCAUGAUUGAUGGAGAGAAAUGGCACCACCAACACCAUCACCACCAUCAUGUUUGGUGUUUUAGGGUUUGAUCAUUGAUGCAUGAUCUGAUGAUGUUGCAGUCAUGUUUUCUCUGUUUCUUUCUCUCUCUUAUUUAUUUCUGCAAUUUUUCUAGAAUACGUACCUAUGGAAUAUUGAUGAUGAUGAA